AUGGUCACGAGCAGCUUCUGGCUACUCGGCAGCAUCGUGCAACAGGCGGUCAACUCGCUCGGCAAAUCGCAGCUGGGCCUCGAUGACCAAAACACCAGCAUCCUGGCGGCGACGCUCGGCGUGGGCAUCCCGAUCGGCUGCCUGAUCGGCGGCAAGCUGUCCGCCGGCCGCAUCAAUCCGCGCGUCGUCGCGGUGGGCGCCAUGGGCAUCGUAAUCAGCCUCGGGCUGAUGAGCCUUCGCGGCGGAGAGAAGGAUCAUCUCUUGGGCUUCUACGGCAGCAUCCCGGUGCUGAUCAUCGCCGGCAUCAGCACGGGCGUCUUCAUCGUGCCGAUCCAAGUGGCGGUGCAGGCCUUGCCGCCGGCCAACGAGAAGGGCCGGAUCAUCGCCCUGAUGAACCAAGUGAACUGGAUCGGCAUCAUCCUCGGCGCCGUGAUCUUCAAGGCGUCGGUAACGUUCUGCGAGACCUGGAACCAACCCCGCAACACGGCGUUCGCCGUGGGUGCCCUGGUGAUGCUGCCAAUCGCGCUGUUCUACCGGCCGAAGGUUAAUGCCGGAGCUAUAAUGCCAGCGGAAGGACACAGCCGCGAAGAAGUGCUGGCGGCUUACCCGUAUCUGACGGCGGACGACCUCGACGCCGUUCAUGUCCUGGUUGAUAUGAAUCUCACACCCAACUGGGUUGGGUACUUCGCCACGCAUGGAAUCGACUCCACUCACUGGAGCACCGUCGGCGAUCCAGCGGCGCCCGACACCGAACUGAUGGAAUGGGCGCGGAUCAAUCACGCCGCCAUCUUUACCUACGACCUCGACUUUGGAACUGCGCUCGCGCUGACCGGCGCCGCUGGUCCUAGCGUCAUCCAGCUACGAGGCCGCGACGUUUUGCCGUCGCAAGCCGGUUCCACUGUCGUCAAGGUCUUGCAGAAGUACGCGGCUGAGAUUGAGGCUGGCGCACUGGUUGUUAUCGACGAGACACGGCUUCGUGUGCGGAUCUUGCCGUUAGGCGACUGA